AUGCGAAAAGCUAUAUCGCCACACGAAAGAUUGACAGCAACUCUGAGGUUUAUCGCAACUGGAAGGAGUUACGAAGACCUAAAGCUUACAACAAUAAUAUCACCCCAGGCGUUGGGUGUUAUUAUUCCAGAAACAUGUGAAGCGAUAUACAAAGUACUGCGGCACGAUUAUUUUAAGUUUCCACAAACAGAAGAUGAAUGGAAAAAUAUAGCAAAACAUUUUGAAAAUAGGUGGAAUUUUCUACAUUGCCUUGGCGCCAUAGACGGGAAACACAUAGACAUUAUUUCUCCAAGUGGAAGUGGCUCCUAUUUUUAUAAUUAUAAAGGUCGACACAGUAUGAUACUUCUUGCAAUAGUGGAUGCUAGGUACCAAUUUAUAAUGUACAGCUUUGGUGUUAACGGCAGGAUAUCAGACGGCGCGGAGGCGGCAGACAAUCCUGCGCCGCGCUUGCCGAAGACACCAUCUGCGUCCGUCUCGAGAUUAAGUUUACUGCCUUUUGGGGAUGAGGAGCUGCUAGGGGUGCUUAUUUCUGCCCCUUCGGAAAGCUAA